GCAUUUAAAACGAAAUGACAAGCGUUGGUUUGGGGAGAGGGUUUUAUAAUCCUCCCAGUGGGUUCCAAGUUUGCCUGAACCAGAUUUUUGAUGGCAACUACAACUGGAGUUCUUUUCUUUUUUGUUUUCCCCUACACCGUGAGGCUCUUGAUGUGAAUUGCCAGUGUGCACCUGAUGCGCUGCGAGGAGUGCGGGCAUCCAUAGCAAGUUCACAGCCCCCAAGCUGAAAGAGGGCCAACGCCUGAGGCGCGGCCACAGCAAAAGUCUCAGUGGGUUCUGAUGAAACAUGGGCGUGCUCCAGCUCCACAACCCGGCUCACCCUGACACUCUGCUGCAGCGGGCCAACCAGAUGCGCCUGGCGGGCACCCUGUGCGACGUCAUCAUCACGGUGGACGGCCACGAGUUCCCGGCGCAUCGCACCGUCCUGGCGUGCACCAGCAAGAUGUUUGAGAUCCUAUUCCACCGCAGCAGCCUGCGCUAUGCUCUGGACUUCCUUUCUCCCAAGACUUUCCAACAGAUCCUGGAGUACGCGUACACAGCAUCGCUGCAGGCCACGGCCGAGGACCUGGACGACCUGCUGUACGCCGCCGAGAUUCUGGAGAUCGAGUUUCUGGAGGAGCAGUGCCUGAAGGUGCUGGAGACGAUCCAGGCCGAGGAGAGUGAGGACACGCUGGUGCGUAACCACAUCGGCGGAGACCAUGGCGACCACGGUCGAGCCAGACACUGGCGGCACCUGAUGUCCAAAAAUCACUCCAUCCCGGACGGACCACCGCGCACCAACGCCGCUGCUUUACACCACCUGGCGUUGUACCACAUGACGGAGAGGAGCCCAUCGGGGCCUGACCCAAACGACCCUCCAGAACUGAGCCCCAAGCUGGAUGUGAACAUGGACAUUUCCCAGGAGCUGCAGCAGGGCAGUGCCGAGGCCCCGACCCUGGAGCCCAUUGAAGGUAUCAAGUCGGAGAACAUGCAGGUGGGCGAAGCGGACUGUUGCGAGGGCCGCUCGUCCGGAAGCUGCGCGUCUGAACCGAGCCGGGACGAGGGCCCGGGGACCCCGCUGAGAAGCAGCGUGAUCACUAGCACCCGAGAGCUGCACGCCGGCCCCGAGGAGGGCAUGGUGGGGAGCUCUCUGGACUGUUUCCCCGUGAUAGCCGAGAAGCACCUGGCAUCCAUUUACUCUGUCGCCCCCAAUCACGCGGGAGAGGCCAUGACUCAGGUGGCCGUGUCGCUGGGCCCUUCUCUGGGCAUGCCGCUGGAUCCGCGGACCUACGGUGGCCUGUUGCACCAGGGCCUUUUGCACCGGGAGCUGCUGAGCAGGUUGGGCCAGUUUGCGGCGGGAAUGAGGCACGAGGGGUCCGUUCAGGGACCGCAGUGUUGUGGCGAGUGCGGGCUGCAGCUACAUAACCGGCAGGCCAUGGAACAGCACAGGAGGCUGCAUGACGACGAGAAGGGGCACGGCUGCGAAUUCUGUGGCAAACACUUCCAGGACAGCAUGCGGCUACGCAUGCACAUGCUGUGUCACACAGCUCCCGCCGAGGCGCUGGUGUGCGAUCAGUGCGGAGCCACCUUCUCCUCAGAGGAGGCUCUGGAUGCUCACCGGCUCACACACACAGGGACUGACAUGGCGGUGUUCUGUCUGCUGUGUGCAAAGCGCUUCCAGACCCAGAAGGCCCUGCAGCAGCACAUGGAGGUCCACGCAGGCAUGCACAGCUACAUCUGCAGCCACUGCGAGCGCCCAUUCCCCAGCCACACCACCCUCAAAAGACAUUUGCGCUCACACUCGGGCGAUCACCCAUUUGAGUGUGAGUUCUGUGGGAGUUGCUUCCGAGACGAUGGCACCCUGAGGGGACACAAACGCAUCCACACGGGAGAGAAACCUUACGAAUGCAACAGCUGCGGGAAGCGCUUCAGCCUCAAACACCAGCUCGAGACGCACUACCGCGUGCACACAGGUGAGAAGCCAUUUGAGUGUAAGCUGUGUCACCAACGUUCCAGAGACUACUCGGCUAUGAUCAAGCACCUGCGCACGCACAAUGGCGCGUCUCCGUACCAGUGCACCAUCUGCCAGGACUUCUGCCCGAGCCUGGCUGCCAUGCAGAAGCACAUGAAAGGCCACAAACCGGAGGAAGUGCCGGCAGACUGGAGGAUAGAAAAGACUUAUCUGUAUGUCUGUUACGUCUGAGCAGGUCUAGGACCCAGAGGCGGGAGAGUGGGGAGCGGGCGCCGACGCACAAUAAUAGUUGAAAAAAAUUAGUUAAUUGUGAGUCUUUCUGGGUCAAAUAUAAAAAUGCAAAGUCGAGAGUUGUCAUCCCGGGAGAGCAUGCUAGCGCUGAAACAAUAACGCAAUUUAUGAAAAUAUUUGUGCCAUGUCACGAUGAAAGUCUUCGGUGGUCACACGCCAAAAAUGUGCUAAAACUGUGAAAAAGUUCAAAGACAGAGAAAGUGGACUACAUCAGCCAGCCAGUACCGGCAGGCCGACUUGGUUCAAUUGCGACCCAAAGAGUCGUUAUGAGAGUAUUCCAUUUCCUCAAGCACACCUCACAGAAUUCCACACAAAAGUGGCGAGUGCAGACGCGUUUACACAAGAACAAUAUCGUAAAAAUGGGGGUUUAAAUUUAUUUACAAAGACAUUUUUCAAGAUUUCAAGUCACGGUAAAGCAAAGACGUCUGUAGACGCAGUCACUGAGAUUAUUAGUUAUUGGUGUAAUCUGUCUUCUGGUCAAAAACCUUGCUGCCAUUUUUUGCUCCCGACAAUGCUGCGACUGAUAAUUUCUUUGUUAAAAUGGUCCAGUGCACAGAAGUGACAGACUGGCAUAUUUUUUUCUGGGCCGUUACUGAUAACUUAUAAAGUAAAUGUUAAUGUAAAAUGUAAAAUAUUGCCAUCAUGAAUCAAGAAAAAAAAAUAAAACAAAAAUAACAAAUCCAACUCCUUUGCUGAAAUACCAUGAAACGUGUGUUAAAAUAACUUAAAAUUUGCCACAGGAAAGGGUUUUCUUUUUGCCGUUUUAAAAUUCUAAUAAGUGCAGGGAGCUCGCAGCAUGUCUGAAGUUAGAUGAAAACCUAAACAAGUAAGUAGCUAUCUGAAGUUCGAGAGAAAAUAAAGUUUAGAAUUCAAUAAAACCAAAACAUUCCAUUUUCACUUAUUUUAUUUAGAAAAUAAAAAAUUGCAAGGGAGUUCCCAGUGUCAGCAGUAUUUCUUAAAAAGUGACAUUUUCAAGUAGGUUCUCAAAAGUCAACCCAGUUUUCUCUUUGGAUUUCACAUUUAAAAAAAAGGCAGAUGCUGAUAAUUGCCAAAAUGUCAGCACCGACAACUGGUCUAUCCCGACUGAACCUCUAAAAAAUUAAGACUAAGGUUGACGUCGCUUGACUCUUAAUUUGCCAAAUAAGCAAAAGGUACUCUGGGCGGUGUCUGGUUGUUGCAUUAUUAAAAAGUCACCUUUAAUAAGGUACAAUAAUUAUUGACUGUUACUCAAUUUGUGAGUAAAUAUGUCUUGGUUUGUUGACCUAUCUGAGUUACUCCCUGGAUUGUGCUGUUAAAAUCUUUAGAGGAAAAAAAAAAGAUUUGUUAAUUGGUUGGUGCGCAACCUCCUCCCCAGUCUUUUGUGACUGUGUUUUUCCUUGGCUGUUUUUAUGAUUAUUUUUUAUUUUUUUAGUUCCUGUGCAUGUUGUACUUGAAUGGAUGCCAGGUUCUUGGCCUCACAACACACCAUCAUUUUGAUGGUCGAAUGGCGUCAUGGGUUCCGAGGUAGCAGGCUUCUAUUUUAUUCAGUGUAAUUGUUUUAUUGCUAUUUAUAUGUUGUUUGUUACCAAAUAUGUGCUGAUUAUCACCAUGUUUCAGGUAGAGCAAACUACUUGCCCACCAUUUCUCCCCGUUUGUUGGCAAACAGUGUUAAUCCGUCUGUGGGUUUCAUUUCCGAACGAUUACCGUCACACUUUAAAUGGUGAAACAGUGCAGGAAAAAAAAAUGUAAAGCACCUCAACAUGGCUUUGAUGCGUGUCUUUUUUUUAAUCACUGUCUAUAAUUAGACAUCUUAUAAAUCACAGAAUGGACAAAAAUAGAACAUUAAAAGCAAACUGCUUUUUUGUUAUUUUUAAAGAAAAUCCAGACAAGGGGCGAUUGGUGUUAGUUGUGGUGUAUGUCAUGUACAGGCCGUCCUGCUUUGUUGUUCCCUGUGUGAGCCUAACACGGGCGUUAUAGAGUUAAAACAUGUUGUAUUUUUGUAUCACAGUAAUUUGCUGUCUUGUUUACAUUUAGUAUCAUUUGAGAAGCAUCUUUAACGUGUACUUUUUGUAUGUCUCCGAUGGAAAAAAAAGUCCUCUCCUCUCCCCCUUGUGCCUCUUUUUCUAAGUAGGGCGUUGACAUGUUUGAGUACGUGGGUCUGUGCUGUUGGUGGGCUUCUUUUUUUUGUUGUUUCUCAUUCCCAAAAUUCGACCUGGGAUCCACGUCUCGGAAACAUUGCAACUGGAAGCAACAUACUGUGAUUGUGACGCUGGCGCUCUAAUGCAAGUUGCCAGCAAGGGGGAUGUAAAAAACGCUCAUAUUGCGUUCCUGUCUAGAGUGAAAGUUAACUGUGGGGAGUUUGGGGUUAGGGGGAUAUACAGCACAUCCUGGCAACUUGAUGCCAUGACACACAUUCACUGUAUCUAUUCUAUCCAUGAACAUGCACUAUAACCAGUUUAGUCAGUGGACCAAAAGAAAUAGAGCACUUUUGUUUGAAAUGUUUUUUUUUAAAUCUUUGUAUAUUGUGAUAAUGCAGAUGUCCUUUUAUUUUGGUGUGUCCUAGAAGGCUGUGAUUCGCAUCGUUUAGAUAUGUCGAUGUCUGUCUACCUCAGGGCCAGGUCAAAGCUCGAGCUGGUGUCCAAUCAGGGUUGUUCUUCUUGCCAUGUGUGCAGUAAAAUCCCUCCUCAUUGCAGCUUUUUAACACCUGUGUGUGAAAGUGUUCUCUCGGUGUGGAUUCAGGCACAACUCCGUAUGCAUCAGUGUUCGAUGGCAUGGUAAAAAAAAAAAAAGAAUUAAAACAAUUUACUAUUCUAUGCAUUCCAUCUCUUCUGUCUGUUUGAUCACCAAACAUAUUAAAAUGUGCGAAAGGAU